UAGUCCCUACCCAGCAUCCUCGCUGGCUCUCGGGAAGCCAUUUGAGCGUGCAAAGCUGAGCGAAGCGUUUCUCCGGACGCUGUUGGACCGACAUGGCCAGCUCUUCGUCUCCAGAGAGGGAGCUGGAGACCCUCAGAGACACUGACGAGUCCGAAGGUGAAGCCCCGGGGUCUUCGGGGCCCAGAGGCCGAGGUGCAGGCAGCGCGCUGCAUCUCCGGAGCCUCGAAGCCGAAAUGGCAGCGGCCUGUGUCACCUCCAUGGCUGGUGAGGACCUGGGGACAUUUUCUGAGCCUGAGAGUCAGCAUGGCAACCCUGAGGGUGGCGGUGGCCCAGACCUAGAACUUGGACGUGCUAGGCCCAUGAUGAGAAGCCAGAGUGAGUUUGGCCUGGCCCUGAAAGAUGGCGGGAAAGCUGACCAAGGCGACCAAGGCAGGAAAGGCGGGAAAGGCAGCAGCGGCUCCCCGCCUCACACCAAGAGCAGUAGAAAGAGGAAGCAGCCCAACCCCAACCGGAGCCUAACGGCCCAACGUGCAGCCGGGCCUCUGCUUCCCAGAGCUGGAGCAUCUCCUGCUACGCCCCAGCCAAAGUCUUCUCUGAGCCCUAGGCCUGACCGCAGCCACCAUUUUGAUCUUCCAGUGGGGAACCUAGAAGCCCCGGGGCCUACCCUCAGGAGCUCCACCGCACGGGGCUCGGGGUCUACUCCAGUCCCCAAGGCCCUCCGCUGUGCCGAGUCCAGCCAUGCCGGGAGUGACCAGUCCAGCUCUGCUGGCCGAGAACUGCGUCAACAGGCCAGUCCACAGGCUCCCGAUGAUGGUGGUGGUGGUGGUGGUCCGGACCCCAGAGGCAGUGGGACCCCCGAAGGCUGGGUCCUCCGUUCCCGAGUUGUACCUUUCGGUCGUAGGAGCAGUGCAUCGGAGGUCAGCCCCGAAGCCCAGAGCACAGGCUGGAAUUUACGUCCUCGUCCUCGGAGCAGUGCAUCAGCGGUCAGCCCCGAAGCUCGCCCGGAAGCCCAGAGCGCAGGCAGGAAUUUACGUCCUCGUCCUCGGAGCAGUGCAUCAGUGGUCAGCCCCGAAUCUCGCUCAGAAGCCCAGAGCGCAGGCUGGAAUUUACGUCCUCGUCCUCGGAGCAGUGCAUCAGUGGUCAGCCCCGAAGCUCGCUCAGAAACCCAGAGUGCAGGCUGGAAUUUACGUCCUCGGGCCACUCCACGAGUUCCUGUUGCUCCCAGCAGUACCACGAGGUCCAGUUCUGAUAGAGGCAGCAGCCGUGCCACACGGAGCCGAAGCCGAAGCCGCAGCUGCAGUACACCCAGGCUCGGCUCUGACCAUCGACAGAGCCAUAAAAUAAAGAUGAGGCUGAAGCUGGAAGUGGAACCAGAGCCGGAAUCAGAGGCAGAGCAAGAAGAGCAAGAGCUGGAGCCAGAACCUGGCCCUAGCAGCCCACCACAAGCGAGCCGUUCCUCCUCUAGGCUUACAGUCCCAGGGAGAUCCUCCCUAGCAGCCGAAGACUCUCCUCCAAGGCGCCCAGUUCGUAUGCGAGCCUCUUCCCCUUCUCCUCCUGGUAGGCUCUAUCCUUUGCCCAAGCAGUAUUUUGAAGGUUCCCGUUCUCCCUCCUCAUCUUCCAGUGAGUCCCCCAGUGUUUCAAGUUCCCAUUCUCCCCUCAAUAAGUCACCAGAUCCAAGCUCCUCACCUCCAUUAAGCUCUCUCUCUGGUCCUAAUCCCUUUUUGCUGGCCUUGAUAGCUGACCUGAAUAACCUUGAUUCUUCCUCUCCCAGAGUGCCAGGGGAAGAAAUAGAGGCAGCCCCUCACACUCAUGAAGAGGAAGAUAAGAAGUAUAGGGGAUGACCCGUACUCCCAUACUUUGCCCUUGCUGUAAUUCAUUGUGAGGGUUCUCCCAGAUGCAGAAAAGGAAUUGGCACUUAUCCCCUGUUGGUUGUAUGAUCUGUGAGGUUUCUAGGGGUUCUACCUAUUCACCAGUAGUCUGGGAAGUUUUGAAGUUACCUGUUUCCCUCACCCCAAGUAUCUAGCACUUAUAAGGACUUUGGUUCCAUUCAGUACCCCCUUUUAUCUUUCAAACAGCCUGCAUUGUUUGUUGUUGGGUUUGGGUGGGGUUUUUAUUCCAAGUUGCUCUUCUGUAAUUAAGUAUUUUAAUAAAGUAAGUUUUAUUUUAAAA